UUUUUAGGCGCCGUCAUAUGACGUAUGACGCAUCUUUGCAAUAGCCAACAAUAGUUUCUGUUUCAAUUGGAAUAUUUAAUUUAUUAACGCUAUUAUAUAAAACUAACGUGUAAGGAAAAUACUUAAUACAGUUGUACAGUCGUUGUUUUGUUGAUUUGUUCGGAGAUCUGACGGAGAAAUAACAUUAAAUAUGGCCGUUCCGCCGAUUUACAAUCCCGUUGUGCCAUGCGUGCAGCCGAUCCCGGGGGGCAUGUACCCCGGCAGGAUGAUCAGGUUCCAGGGUAACAUACCACCAGGCGCACAAAGAUUCGCGAUCAACCUCCAAUGCGGGCCGAACACGGACCCCCGCGACGACAUCGCCCUACACCUUAACUUCCGUUUCGUCGAAAUGUGCAUAGUGCGAAACCAUCUAACCAGCAUGAACUGGGGCAUGGAGGAGACGAACGGGGGCAUGCCAUUGGUCCGCGGCGAGUCGUUUGAGGCCCUCGUGUUGUGUGAACCGCAGGCUUUGAAGGUUGCGCUAAACGGGGUUCACUUCUGCGAGUUCCCGCACCGCUUGCCGUUCCAACGUAUCAACCAUUUGACGAUAGACGGUGAUGUGAUGAUGAACUUCAUCGGCUUUGAAGGUGCCCAGCCUCCGCCCACGCAAAUGUAUAUGUCCGAGCCCCCAGCGUACGGUGCCUACGGGGCUCCGCCUUCAUAUGGAGCCCCCGGCUAUGGGGCUCCGCAGGGCUUCUACUAGCGACAUCUAUAGAUUAGCGGUUGAUACAGGUGCCUUGUAAUGUUGGUGGUUAUCAAAGAGUUAAUUUUAAGCAUAUUUUUCGUAUUUAUGAGCAUUUUUAUUUGUAUUUCAUUUUUGAUUUUUUUUUAAUAAUUGCCCCUAGAAGGCUUUUUUGAAAUUGCUAUUCGGUUGACGAUCUGUGAAAAUUAUUUUACGAAUAUAAAAUUUUACCAAAAAAUUUGUUUUAAGAUUUAAUUUUCCAACUUAUUCAUUGGCAGCACUAUUAUAAAUAAUUAAAGUCCACGCAUUUGCAUUUGUAAUAAUAAAAUAAAAAAACUUAAAGAUAAAUAUAUAUUUAUUCUAUGUUUAAUUGUGAAUAAUAUAUGUCGUAUAAUAUUAUGUUACACAAAAAAAUAUUUUUUUCUUUGUAUUUCUCAUAAACAUCACUGUAGUUCAUAUAUUUUUUGUUAACUAUUUAAAAAAUUUGCCCUAUGUAUGGAUUUAAUUGCAGAAAAUUUAAAAAUAAUUCUAUUAAUCUCAUUUUUGUAACUUUUUUGCGCGCCUAAAGAUACUUCGUUCUUAUUGGUAGUUUCAUUUUCAGCAGUGUUCCUAUUGGUCAAUAUUAAAUACUAUAACACAAAAAAAAAUUGAUUCCAUAUAAAUAGGAAAGAGACGGACAAUCACAGUAUACAGUUUUGCAUAAGAGAGAGCGAAACAGCACUAUUUUUCUUAUAUUUAGAAGUAAAAAAGGGCUUAUAUGAUUUUUAUAUAAAUAUUGUCUAGAUUUGUUAUUUCUGCUUAGGUCACACGUUAUGUGUUGUUGUGCUUUGAUUGUGAACUUAUAUAUUUUUAUGGUUAAAUAAAAAAAUUAUGAGAA